CCGCUCGGUCGGUGAGGGACGCCUUCCGUUCGGCCGCGUGAGCCGCCUCUCGCCGCGCUGUUUGGCGGGCCCGGAGCACAAGUGCCUGCUACCUUCGCGCCCAUUUACAGACUCGUGCGGUUCGGCGUCUCUCUCCACCUCCUUCACAAAGUUGUGUGGGAGAGACCUGCGGGAUGAGCGCCGUGUGAGCUGACCGCCCGCUCGUGCUGCUGGCAGACCCCGCCCGGCCCCGCUGCUGCUUGCCUCGCACGAUGGCUCUGCUUCGGCUGGUAGUGACAGAUGUUAAUCACGCUGCUUAGUGCAGCCGUGAACGGCAGAGAGGCAUCACAGUAAUGAGAAGUGCACAGUGACCUUGCCCAGAAUAGAACAGUGGAGCUGAACAAUGGCUCAUUUCUCUUUACAGGCACAUCUUUUUCUAUUCAGAGCUCAUUAACCCGUGUCCCUUUGCAUUCCAGUUUGGAGAUGUAAUGUCUGCUGAAGUACAGAAAAAUGAUCAGAAGUCUGCUGCGGUAGUUCUUGAGGUCUGCACCGCUCUGCUCCAGAGGCAGAAACUCAUGUGGUUCCUAUGCAGAAAAGCCAUUGGUGAUAGGCUGUGAGGUAGAUCACAUGAGAGUCCUUGAAACGAGGAGAAACUGCUGCUGUAGCUGGCUGGCACCUGUCUCUUGAGUGGAGGGCACAACAGCUUGGUAAAAGGCGCUAAGAGCUGGCAGGAUGAGUUCCAGCUCACCCUCUGCACAUGACUUACACCACAGCAGCACCACAACGGCCAAACCAGAUGCAGGAACAACUCUGGAUGCAACUGUACCAGAAACAGCUACUGUGAGCCCUGAGACUACUAGCUUCAACAGCACCAAAAUCCCAGAUGUGGCCAGCAGUGGGCCCAGCAUGAGCGCCGUGCUGCUGUCCUUUGGGAUCAUUACUGUGAUUGGGUUGGCUGUAGCUAUGGUUCUGUAUAUCAGGAAGAGGAAGAGGUUGGAGAAGCUACGGCACCAGCUCAUGCCAAUGUACAACUUUGAUCCCACUGAAGAACAGGAUGAACUGGAGCAGGAGCUCCUUGAACAUGGGCGAGAUACAGCAUCUUCCCAGGCAUCACAGAGCAAGUUCCAGGAGCAGGAAUUCUUCCCAACAUGCCUCAGUUUUCACAUACUUGACACUUUCAGGUUCUGCUAACGAGCCAAGGAGCCCUCCAAAGACCCAGCCGUCUUGUGUUCACAGACGUUGCCAAUGCCAUCAAUGCAUGAACAGUACCUGCCCCUGCUCUGGGAUUGUGCCGAGAUUGGGAAGGAUGGAGCCACCAAACCAGCGACUUCUCACAAGUGUGGCUGAGUCAUGGAGCCCAACUGGUCACGCUGCUGGGUUGUGUUACAGAUGGGCUCACGCGCUGGAAACAGUCACCACUUUGGGAAGGAAACCCUUUACAAUGGCAGUAGCAGUUUUAGGUGUGUCCACUACUACUACAAGGUCCUGAGCUGCCAUGCUACUCCAGGUUCCAGGCUGGUGCUGACUGACACCACCUACCAAGCUGAGUGCUUAGAAAUAGUGCUCACUCUGUUGCAGAUUAACUUAUCCAAGCACAUCUAUGUGCUCUCUGGAUCAGGGAAAGAGGAGAGAUGCAUGUUCCAGACAGCUUACCUGUUGGCUUUGUGCCACCAGAUCCCAAUGAGAACAGUGAAUGAGCCUCUGUGCAGCGAUCACAGCAUUGGCAGACCCUGGAAGGGUGGCCGGUGGCAAAGCCUCCUCCUUCAGCUGGGGAAACUGAUGGUUCUAGCUGAGUGGUGAAUUGGAGGCACACAGGGGAAAACACAUACCAUGGGCUUUUCUCCUUGUGGCUUGUGUGAUGCUGAUAAAUGCGUGCCUGGGCUGGCACUGCAGCAUGGGGAAUUCACUAGUUCUAAAAUGUGAAAUGGUGAACAUCUGGCUGGUAACACCCUGGCUGAGGAAGUCACUGAAUAUCUCAAAUUAAGGCUGCCGUGUAGAAAGAGGAGAAACCACACAGCUGGAGGCAGGGCUGCCAUGACUGGCUAUGUGACUGCCUAAUCAUCUGACCUAGGAAUGGUUGUGCCUGAGCCAGAGAGAGGAGUCAAGAAGAACUGGGGCUCUGGUACCAUGUGUCCUGCCUGCUUCAGCUCAGGGAAAUUUUAUCAAGCAGAGAGAAUAUUAAACCUUAAACUUUUUCUUUUGAAUGAGGAAAAACAGGUCUUAGCUCUACAUUACAAUGUCUGCCAGAGAUGGUUGAACAUCUGGUUACUUCCUUACCUGAUCGACCUGCAGAGCCUUCUCUCUGCUGAAGGAAACAGUUUUGUGUUAACCUCUGCUUGUGUUACUUGCUAAUGCAGCAAAAGGUGGGUCUUGACAGAUAAGCCAGUAGCUCUCCAGUAAGCCUGAAGCACCUCUCAGCCAGUGUUCCCUUCAGGGCUGUGGGAAGAAGUGCAGUAGGGGUCUCUGGCCAUCUUGGCGUGCAGUAUGAGUGCUGUUCUCUGCAGCCUUUUUGGUGGCCACCAGCCCAGGGUGCUGCUGGCCAGCACAGAGACUAGGGAAUGGCAGCAGGGUCCAGACUAUGCUCUCACAAUGCAAACACAGAGCAUGGCAGAAAGGAUUACUGGAGGGUCCAAUAUGGCCAUGGCAUUGGGCAGAUGCCACGUCCUCCCUGUCCUGCUCCUCAGCCUUGAAACUGCAGAGGAGAUUAAAAAAAGGUAUGUGCUUUUGUCCACCCUGUUUGACCAUCAAUGACCAGAGGGAGGAGUGCUCCUUUUGGUAAUCUGCAGAGAUUGUCUCUCACUCCUAGAUGGGUGGUAGCUUUAGGUCCUGGAGGUGAAUGCACAAAUCAGACUGUCUGACUGCAGUGUUCAUGGUGCUCUGCGUGCACAGCCUGCAUACAAGCAUCAGUGCCCAGCUAUGUAUUGAUCACUACUGAUAUUUUUGUUUUUUGGGUUUUGUUUUUUGGGUGUGUUUUUUUU